GCGCCGCCGCUCCCGCUAGGGGGCGGGGCGGAGAGCGCGCCGCUCUAGCCGGCGGCGGGCAAGCGAGGCGGCGGGUCGCCAUGGCGACGGCGGGGCCGCGGCGGCGGGGCGGCAUGGCGGAGCGGCGGGCGGCGACGCGCCUCGUCGAGAAUCAGCCGUACGACGAGAGCCUGGAGCUGCCGGAGGCCGAGGAGGCGGGCGGGGCGGCGGGCAGGCCGGCCGGGGCCCGCGGGGAGGGCCCCUCUCGCCGGACGGGGCUGCCCGGGGCCGGCGGCGAUCGCAGCAGCGACGAGGAGGGCAGCGGCGGCAAGGAGGAGGCAGCGGCCCGCUCAGCGCCCCCCGCCGCCCUCAGCGAGGAGGAGGAGGAUGAGGACGACGACAACUCGGAGGAGGAAGAGGAGGAUUCCUCCGAAAGCAGCUCUGAGGACGACUCGGAGGAGCACGGGGCUGCGCCGGAGGGUGACUUCAACCUAGCAGAUUAUGACUAUUUGCCAGUAUCUUCUGAAAUCAAAGAACUCUUUGAGUACAUCAAGAGGUACACUCCCAAAACGAUAGAGAUCGAGCACAAGCUGCAGCCUUUUAUUCCAGACUUUAUUCCCGCAGUUGGAGACAUCGACGCGUUCCUAAAGGUUCCCCGUCCCGACGGCAAGCCUGAUAACCUUGGCCUGCUGGUCCUGGACGAGCCGUCGACGAAGCAGUCGGAUCCCACCGUGCUCUCCCUUUGGCUGACGGAGAACUCCAAGCAGCACAACAUCACACAGCAGAUAAAAGUGAAGAGUUUGGAGAAUGCAGAAAAGAACCCCAAAGCCAUCGACAGCUGGAUCGAAAGUAUCAGCGAGCUGCACCGCUGCAAACCUCCUGCCACGGUCCAUUACAGCAGGCCAAUGCCCGACAUAGAGACCCUCAUGCAGGAAUGGUCACCGGAAUUUGAGGAGCUCUUGGGAAAGGUGGGCCUCCCGACCGCAGAGAUGAACUGUGACCUGGCCGAAUACAUCGACAUGAUAUGCGCUGUUCUGGACAUCCCUGUGUACAAGAGUCGGAUCCAGCCUCUCCAUGUCCUCUUCUCCCUCUACUCGGAGUUCAAGAACUCGCAGCAUUUCAAGCCCCUGGCUGACGGGAAGAAGGGCAGGAGCCCGCCAUCCAACCCACCUUCACAAGCCGCAGACGUGUUAAGCCUUGCUUGACGCCUCCCGUUAAACCUGCAUCCCCUGGAUCAACGUUCAUCUGCUGCUGGACGUUGAGAUUUGACCAAAGCAGCCUGUGAAGCAACGCGCAGAACUUCAGAAGCCUCCCCGCUUUUAUAGAUUCCGUUCUGCAUUCACAAGAGGGGGCCUUUACUCGUGGCACGCCGCACGGGAGCUGCCCAGCCGCUCCAUUUUCGACUUGUCCCCAAGCUGUUCCGCAUUACACCAGCUCGUCCCGAUGACAGGCCCCCUGUGCUGCAGAGAGCCGAGGCUUCUCGAGCACACACUACCAGUGCUGUAGCAAGCGGGAAUAAAUUCCGUUCUCAAACACAA